GAUUGGCCAGGCGCAUUCCUCUUGGGACGCUGCGAUCCGCACCAGCGCCGUGAUCGACGCUGCCAUCGACGCUGCCGUCCGCUGUCUGCUCCUGCACCCGGCCAUUCCGCGGCGAUGGCGGCCUUCCUCGCCGGCGACUUUAUCCAGCUGCCCGACGGCCAGCGCUCCCCCGCCGAGUAUCUCGCCACCCUCGCCGAGUUCAUCGCCCAGCAUUCAUACCUGACCAGCUUCUACGGUCUGCAUUUCAUUACCCAGGACUACUGGCGCCGCUCGGCCUUUCCGCGCGAAUGGGCUGUGCUUGCAGACGAGAGCUGGGAGAGCCUCGAGGCCGUCGCCUCGUCCGGACAGAUCCAGGAUCAAUGGCCGGCCUCGCUCAAGACAUUCAUCCGGCAGGCGCACAGUAUCGGACUGCCGCGAGAUCCUGCCGCAUGCCCGCUCUUUGGCGAUGUGGAAUGUCGGUAUUUGUUGGAAUCUCUCUGGGCCGCUAUCACCAACGGCAUGAACCGCAAGAAGCUCGAGGAGGUCACUUCCCUGGCCGCCAUCAUCGCUCACAUCGCCAACACGAGCGGCUGCACCCACGUCCUCGAUAUCGGAGCCGGUCAGGGCUACUUGUCGUCGGCAUUGGCAUAUCAGUACGGGCUCGACGUUGUGUGUCUGGACGGCUCAGGACUCCAGUUGCAUGGCGGGCAGUCCCGCUCAGCACACAUUGAGCGGCUGCUUGAGCAUCACAAGAUGCGCCAAGGUGGCCGGCUCAGGUUCGUGGAGAUGGUUCUCAAGUUUGACAAAGUCGCGGGACAGCCAAGCGACGACGAGCCCCAGAUCGUUCGGCAAAUCCGUCAACUGAUCCAAGACAGCGAAAGUACAUCUGGUGCGGCUGGACAGGAAUCGCCCAGCGCCGAGAGCCGCUGGCUGAUCUGCGGACUGCACACCUGCGGUGAUUUGGCCCCCACGAUGCUCAAGUCGAUUGUCCCAGGCACAUCCGAUCGCAGCGGCAUUCCUCAGGCCCGAGUCGUGGUCAAUGUCGGGUGCUGCUACCACGUCCUGACCGAAAGGGAUGUUGCCAACUCGGCAACCGAGUUCCAUGCGCGACACCAGACUGAUGACGGCCUGGAGCAAGUGGCCUGUGGGUUCCCGAUGAGUAAGGUUCUCAAGGACCAAGGGCUGAAGCUGGGGCUGGAAGCACGGAUGGUUGCCUGCCAAGCCGCGCGACGAUGGGCACCCAACCCCAAGCAAACUCGGCAGAGCUUUCGGCGGCUGUUUUACCGAGCCGUCCUUCAAGCCAUCCUGAACGACCACCGCGAACAACUGCCAGCCGCAAGACAGCCCGAGGAAAGCACUGGAAGCGAUGCCCGACCCCAAGACAUCAGCAGCGACGACGUUCUCCAGCGGAUGAGCGACUAUGCCGUUCGCCGGUUACCGUCGGCGGCCUUCGAGUCGCCGCUCCAGUACAUCAGCGCCGCCUUGGAUCGACUCGGAGUUGCUCCGGACAGUCCGCUGCGUGAUCCGGCCGUCACGACAGAGUACUUUGAGCGCCAUGCUGCAGCGGAGAAGCAGAUUGCCGUGGUGUGGACGCUGCGUGCGCUGAUGGCCGAUGCGAUCGAGAGCCUGAUCUUGGUUGAUCGGUGGAUGUACUUGGUGGAGCAAGCCAACGAGCGCCGAGCGGCGUUGGCAGCAAGUGUGGGACAUGAUUGCUGCAGCGGCAGCAGCGAUGGCAGUGAUCGCGAGCUUGCCAGUCCUCGCAACAUGGCGCUAAUAGUCGUUGGCUUGUAGUCCGUUGAGCAACAAAUGCGACGCCCUCUCAUGUUCCACGGGGGGAUAUGCACAAUAUACGAUCCCGAUGCAAACGA